ACAAAGUAAAUACUGAAGAUACUUUCUGUUUUGUGCAAUAAUUCCUUCUCUGAAAUUACGUCCUUACCUACUCACUCUACUUAUCUGUCGCAUUCAGCCAACGUCGAACAUUAAUAAACAUAAGGACAAGUAUUUCAUUAGUUGUCGACGCUGGGUAAUCGGAAUGAUAAGAAUAAACUGUGUUACGUAUUUUUUCAUAUGUGUUAGCUGUACGGCCAGUUUCAUAAUCCAAGAAAAUUUGACAGAGUUGUCGAUACUACACAUCAACGACUUUCAUGCACGCUACGAAGAAACAAAUAUCGAUUCUGGUCUAUGCAAAAACAAAAAUUGUAUUGGCGGUUUUUCAAGAAUGUAUGCCCGCAUUAUGAAAGUUUUCGACAAAAAUCCAAACUUAAUACUACUUAAUGCAGGAGAUAGUUUUGAAGGAACUCUCUGGUAUAAUGUACAUAAAUGGAAUGUUACUCAGUAUUUCUUGAACAAAUUGCCUAUAGAUGCAUCUACCCUUGGAAAUCACGAAUUUGAUGAUAAAAUUGACGGUCUAGUUCCGUUUCUUAGACAUCUCAACGCCCCCGUCGUCGUGGCCAAUAUUGAUGCGACCGAAGAACCAGUCGUUAAAAAUCUCCUUAACAAAAGCGUGAUUAUAGAAAGACGAGGGAUCAAAAUUGGAAUAAUAGGAGUCAUUUUGUCCACAACAGAUGAAUUAGUUAAUGUUGGGAAUAUUAUUCUGUUGAAAGAAUUAGACUCGGUUAACGCUGAGGCGGCACGAUUGGUUAAAGAAGAAGGGGUUUUCACGAAUAUCGUUUUAUCUCACUGCGGAUACGACGCAGAAAAAGAAAUAGCUCGCAAAUCUUCGUCGAAAAUUUCUUUAAUUGUUGGAGGUCACUCACAUUCUUUUCUUUAUACGGGAGAACCAGUGCCUGGACCGGACCAACCAGUAGGUCCUUAUCCAACAGUUGUCAAGAAUUCUGAAGGCAAAACUGUUUUAAUAGUUCAAGCCUCAUCUUAUAGCAAAUAUUUAGGAAAUUUAACAAUUUCUUUUAAUAUGAACGGAGAGCCUGUUGGAUGGGUAGGAAAUUCAAUAUUUUUAGACUCUACGCUAUCGCAAGACGAAGAAAUAAAUGAAGAACUAUUACUUUGGAAACAAGAAGUCGAUCGUCAAGGAAACAAGGUUAUAGGUAGUACCUUAGUACGAUUAAAACAGAGUUCUUGUCUUACGGCAGAAUGUUUAAUGGGAAAUGUCAUAACAGAUGCCAUGGUUUUCGCAUAUACCGAUUCGCCUGUAGCUGAGUCUUGGACGAAUGGUCCUAUAGCUAUCAUGCAUGCUAAAGGCUUGCGAUCUGAUAUUGAUGUUGGAACAGACAUAACAUACAAUGACAUCGUGACUGCCCAACCUUUCGCUAACACGAUUGAUAUUGGAGAAGUUACAGGUAAACAUUUGAAAGAAAUUCUAGAAUCGUCCGUUAGCACCGACAACAUCAACCUGUUGCAAGUUUCAGGAAUGCAGGUUGUUUACAAUUUGACGAAGGUGGAAGGUUCACGAGUGACGUGCCUUAAACUACGAUGCAGAAAGUGCAAUGCUCCAGUUUAUGAAAACUUUGAUGAAAACAAAACGUAUCCGAUUAUUUUACCAUCGUUUUUGGCCAACGGUGGUUUUGGUUUUAGUUUGAUCAAAACUUAUCUUCGAAACCGACAACUAGGAGAGUUAGAUUUAAGUGUGUUCGUUAGAUAUAUACACCGUAAAUCCCCGAUUUUCCAGAAGAUUGAAGGACGAAUACACGUUAGCCGAUAAGCAACAUGUAUGAAAGUACCUGUACCACUUAUUUUUAUUAGUGCGUCUUAUCGAAUAGUUAUUUAGCCACAAUCCACUCUGUUCUUUUUUGUCAAAAUCAUAUCAUUUACUGUGUCCUAAAGCAUUAAUAAAACGCAAUUUCAGGCACAAUAAUUAUUUGUUACGUAAAAUCUGCUAGCGAUAAU